CGAAGAAAUAGAAAACGGCGGCCCCGAUAUCCUCUAUAUUUUUUACGGAAGUCAGAUCAGGGUUUGGAGAAUAACCAUAUCUAAACCCUGGAUGGAUCUUCUCAGAGAAGAACUUCUCAAGAAGCGGCAAAGCCUAGCUCAGCAAACCGGCGGGAAGCGCGUGUUUAAGCGCUCCGAAAUUGAGCGAAAGCAGAUCCAGAACCUUCGCGAGCAAGAAAAACGCGAACUCGAAGCUAAAUCUCGCCGUCAAUCCAACACAUCUUCCUCCGCCGCCAACGACGCUUCCACUAAAUUGAAUCCCUCCACUUCUAGUACUGUAUCCACCACUGCAGCUUCCACCGCCGGGUCCUCCAAAACCCUCACCAAUGAGCAAAACAUCGACAACCUGGAUCUUCCGAAGCAAGAAGUCAUUCGCCGCCUUCGCUUCCUCAAACAACCCAUCACUCUCUUUGGCGAAGAUGACGCGGCUCGGCUAGACAGGUUGAAGUACGUCCUGAAAGCCGGACUUUUCGAGGUUGAUAGCGAUAUGACUGAGGGUCAAACCAACGAUUUCUUGAGAGACAUAGCGGAGCUGCGGAAGCGGCAGAAGACGGGGAUCGUGGGUGAUAGGAAGAGGAAGGAUAGGGAAGAAGGGGGCGGAGGAGAGGACAGGGAAGGAGGCGGUGGAGAAGACGAGUUGAGUGGUGAUGGUGGGUCAAGUGGGGUCGAUAUGGAUAAGGACUUGAAAAGAAUGAAGGCAAAUUUCGAUGAGUUGUGUGGUGAAGAUAAGAUUCUGGUGUUUUUCAAGAAGUUGUUGAAUGAGUGGAAUCAGGAGCUGGAUGAGAUGGAUGAGGCUGAGAAGAGGACGGCAAAAGGAAAGGCUAUGGUCGCCACAUUUAAGCAGUGCGCUCGAUACUUGAAUCCAUUGUUCAAGUUUUGCAGGAAGAAGGUUCUUCCAGAUGAUAUCCGUCGAGCAUUGUUGGUGGUGGUUGAGUGCUGCAUGAAGCGGGACUACCUAGCUGCUAUGGACCAAUAUAUCAAGUUGGCUAUAGGCAAUGCACCCUGGCCAAUUGGUGUCACUAUGGUUGGUAUCCAUGAACGUUCAGCUCGUGAGAAGAUCUACACCAACAGUGUUGCACACAUAAUGAACGAUGAAACAACUCGCAAAUACUUGCAAUCAAUCAAGAGAUUGAUGACAUUUUGCCAACGCCGUUACCCUGCGCUUCCAUCAAAAGCAGUCGAGUUCAAUAGCUUGGCCAAUGGUAGCGACUUACAGUCACUACUUGCAGAAGAGAAUGUUUCUGGGGGUUCAGAGGACAUGCUUAGGUUGAUGCCUGCUCCGAAGGAAACCUAGUUAUCAUUAACAUUGAUGUCCUAUGCUAUUGUGUAACAUUAUCAUAUACCUGAGAAUGUUGACUCACAGAACUUGCAUAUGCCCGCAUUAUUGCAUCUUAUGAAUUCAACCGAAA